AGCUGUCAUCCUAGCACGGAAAUGUCAUCCUUCCUGGCUGCGUGCGGCUAAAAUUAAAAGUAACGACGCGCAUCAACAAGAAUAAACAAUCGUUGGCCGGUGUGCUGCUGUAGGGUGUGUUGUGCUGUGCUGCUCUUUAGUGCCGUAUAGCUUCCAUAGUUUUUCAUAAUUAACCCCCACGAAAACCCCAACAUGGAACCGAUGACGCUCGGUAGCCCCAGCGGCAGUUCGCUCUCCGGCGUAACCGGAACGACCGGGACCGGUUAUCUACCGUCCUUCCUGAUGGGCGAUCCACCUACCACGCCGCGUCCGACUACGCUAUCACCGACCCGGGGUCGAUCGUCGCUCGCCUACCCGCACGGUUUGAUGGGGUCACCGUCGGACGGUCUGCGGUCCCCAACGAUGCUGCACCAACAGCAACCGCACCCCCAUCAGCAACAGCAGCUGUCCUCCUCCUUUAUGCAUCCGCAUACACCGCAAGGCCAUUCCGUGCCACAUUCGCAGCGGUAUCUGCAUAACCCACCGCAAUCGGUGACCGCCAGCUUGACGAACCACUUCCGCAACGAAUCAUUUGAGGCCAAUUCCAGCAUUACCGGACCACCGACGCAAGGGCUGUUCGAUUCGUGGCGCAAGGAGAAACAGCUGCUGCAGACACCGAUCCGCACACAGGCGGGUAAUGGGGCCGAUCAAUCGACCGCCGCCGGCCCAAACCAACCGUUCAACGAAUCGUUCCAGAACCAGAGUGGAUUUAACCUGUCGCGCGUAAUGUCACCGAUACCGAUAGCGACGGACUACAACCGGAACACGAGUAUCUCCCCGCACGCUACGUCUCCCAUCGGAGGUCAGCAGCAAACACAGGUGCAGCAGGCCGCCAAAUCAGCCAACUGGAUUACGGUGUUUGGCUUUCCCGCGAAUGCGGCCUCCAAAAUUCUGUCCCACUUUAUCGGCAUCGGUACGAUCGUUGACAAGCAGGCACCGUCGCCGCAGAACGGGAACUGGGUGCAUUUGCGCUACAGCUCGCGGCUCGAGUGUGACCGUGCGCUCAACUAUAAUGGACGCAUCAUCAGCCAGGGACUAAUGAUCGGUGUACAGUACUGUAACGAUCCGGCCAUCCUGGGGAAGGAGAACGACGGUGCCGAAAACGAUACUGGCGCGUUACCGUCCUCGCCGCAGGACAAACCACUUUGGCGGGUGCGAUCGCUCAUGAACAUGUCGUACACGGCGAUGCAGGACCCGCAGGCCGUCAUUUCCGCACCGCCGGUACAGAAGCGCGGCACCGGAAUCGUUAACAAAGCGAUGGACCUUUUCUUCGGAUGGUAAAGCGACCAUCAGACCCGGCAAAACAGAUCGCGGGAAAUUGUCAAACAUGUAUUUAGUUAUUUUCCUUAAUAAACAAAAAUUGUAAAGUGAUCGAGAUCGACAUGUUAGAACAAUGGACGCGCGGUGGAUGCGAAAUAAAAAUAAAUUUAAUUAACAACUUUA